UAAAGAAGUGCUAGAGGCAUUUAGAGUUGGGUCUAGGCAGCUGCAGAGGGUGGGUGACCACCUCGGGCCCACCACUCCAGAACCCCGCCAACAGUCCGAGAGACUCGCCACAGCCAAUAUCCUAGAGUCUGUUCCCUUUCGUCCAGAAAGUAUUUGCACUUCGAGUCCCGGGAGCGGUGGGGAGGCCACCGUGGUGGUGGUGGUGACCGUGACUGUGACUGUGACCGUGACUCCAGCACGGGCUCCGGCGCCGCCUCGCGGUCACCUGAGAAGAAACGUUCCUGAGCUCAGAGGAGGGAGUGGCGUGGAGGGGCGGAAAGCAGGAGAAAUGGGGUCCUGCCAGUUCCGUGGGGCGCCGUUCGCUUCGCCUGCUCAUGCAUAUUCAUGAGUCCCCACCCCCGGGGCUGCGGGAGGCGUCAGCGCGGACUCAGCGGAGCUGGGAGAGAGACGCGUCAUGAACUCAGAUACUGAAGAUGCUAGUGAAACUGACCUGGCAAAGCAUGAUGAAGAAGAUUAUGUUGAAAUGAAGGAACAGAUGUAUCAGGACAAACUGGCAUCUCUCAAGAGGCAAUUACAACAACUGCAGGAAGGUACAUUACAGGAAUAUCAGAAAAGGAUGAAAAAACUGGACCAGCAAUAUAAAGAAAGGAUACGAAAUGCAGAACUUUUCCUCCAGCUGGAAACAGAACAGGUGGAGAGGAAUUACAUUAAGGAGAAGAAGGCUGCUGUGAAGGAGUUUGAGGAUAAGAAGGUGGAGCUAAAGGAGAACCUGAUUGCAGAACUGGAGGAGAAGAAGAAAAUGAUUGAAAAUGAGAAGCUAACUAUGGAGCUGACAGGAGAUUCCAUGGAAGUGAAGCCCAUCAUGACAAGAAAAUUGAGGCGGAGGCCAAAUGAUCCAGUUCCAAUUCCAGAUAAGAGGCGGAAACCUGCCCCUGCCCAGCUGAACUAUUUAUUAACAGAUGAACAAAUCAUGGAGGACCUCAGGACGUUAAAUAAGCUUAAAUCACCCAAGAGACCAGCAUCUCCCUCUUCUCCAGAGCAUCUCCCUUCUACACCCGCAGAGUCUCCUGCCCAACGGUUUGAAGCUCGGAUAGAAGAUGGCAAACUCUACUAUGAUAAAAGAUGGUACCAUAAGAGCCAAGCUAUCUAUCUGGAGUCAAAAGAGAACACUAAGAUCAGCUGUGUGAUCAGCUCUGUUGGCGCCAAUGAGAUCUGGGUGCGGAAGACAAGUGACAGUACAAAGAUGAGGAUCUACCUGGGACAGCUUCAACGUGGACUCUUUGUGAUCCGCCGGCGCUCUGCUGCGUGACCCCACCUUCAGCCUUCCCUCUGUACCCCCACUGCAGCUUGUCCUCAAGUGGCUUUUGUUUUUGUUUUUAAGAGAAAUUAAACUUACAGGGAAUAAUAGCAACUCCGCCUUGGAAACGGACAACACUGUGUUAUGAAUCCUGCAACCACUUUUGUGGCUGGCCACAUAUUCCUUUGGUUAGUUCUUGGCCCUUCCAUGCAAUCAACCCUUCAAUCUCUUCCUUACUUCACCUUGAGAUUUUCUUACAUACAAUAGAGAGAAAGGGAGAGUAUGACUAUGUAUAUAUGUGUGUGUGUGUGCGCAUUUGCUUUGGUUGAUGAAAGAUGAUUUUACUCAUCAGAUGUCUUCAUGUCUUUAUACUCUUAAAAGUGGAGGGUGGGGGUGGGAGGUGCUCAGCAUUUGCAUUUCCUUGUAAUUUCAUGUUUUGGAUAGGACCAGUGCAAGUCACAUAGCCUUGUCCCAGGUCAAGUAGAUUUCUUGUUCUCCAUCAGUCUUGAGACAGAGAUCUGAGUGGGAGGUUCUCAGCUGCCCCUGUUCCAUUCGGUGAGCAACUGAAAGAGUUGCCCAGGAUUCUUGGUGCACUGGAAGAAAUGGGGAGAAGGUUGAGAAUUUAUAAUGCGCUGAAUUUACUAUCUUUUGAAUAACAUUCAAAACAUAUAGUAAAUUCACCCAUCCUUGCUUAAUCCCAAGAUAUUUGCAGGCUUUUUUUUUUUUAAUACUUAGACAAAAAAAAGUAUACAUCUCCUCUGAGAGGACCAUGUCUUCUUAGUGUAUUUCUUUCCCCAAAUAGAAGAAGGGGGUUGGGGAGUGGGAGUACAUAACUACAGUAUUAAGUUAAUUGUGUUGUCCACAGAUAGGUGAAGGAGACUAAUAGCAAGGAUAUAAUCACUGAUAGGUGAUCCAGCAAAUUCAGGAUUUUUUCCUCAUGUUUUCGUCAUGUUGGUUCAUUGAGCAUUCUGGAGCAAACAAUGGAAGAGGCUUUGUUGGAGUAUAGUGCUCUUGGAUUCCCUACAGGCUGUUGGUGAACUUGGCACUUGACCAGGAGGAUUCCAGAUGCCACACUAUACUUUAUGCUAUCCAGCAUUCUCCAUUCUUCUCUGCCACCUCUAUUCUCUUACCCGUCUGGCCCUCCCUCCCCUAUUUUUGAUAACUGGAGAAAUGACUCAGUCGUUAAUAGUAUUUUCUAUAAUAGUGAUGUCAUUUGAAAAUGUUUGUAGUGACCUUGACAUUAGGACGUCAGAGGUGAUUAGCAGCAGGAAUCACUCGUCUUAACUCAAUGUUGUAAAUUGUUUCAUUUACCCUAAGAGAUUUUUGUUAACCUCGUAUCUCUUGAUAUACCACUGAAAUGUUUUUGGGAUUGGAGCUAUAAUUACCUUCUGAGUUGGAGUGAACAUUUACAAAGCCUUGUUUUCAAUAUGAUUUUAAGCCCUUUUUUCUCUCUCUUUAUUUUCCUUGUUUCCUAGUUCUUGGAUGUCUUCCUUUCUUUAGAAAUAGGAUUAAAUAAUGCUUUUUUUUAUUUUAAGUUUUUGGGUGUUUUAAAAAAUAUUUCUCUUUCCUGCUAUUGAUUUUAUAUUCUAUAUAUCACAGUCAAGCAUUGGCCAGGUCAGCUAAUGAAUCUCCCUUUUUGGAUUCUUUAGGUCAGAAUUGUAGCAGACUGGUCUCAUCACUUUAGAGUUGUCAAGAACUUCUCACACUUGAAUUUUCAGCUUUAGCAAUGCCACUCGGGACUCAUGAAAAAUUGGUUAUUGUUCUCUAGCUAAAUAGCAUACUGAAUAUGACUGAUUCUCCUGGUGAUCAGAGGGUGUGGGUUCACUCAGUGUGUUAACAUUCACACAGAAAGCUCAUGGCAAGCAAGCAUUUUUUUUGUGCUCAUCAUUAACAGCAGCAGAAAACCUCACAAAAUCUAAAAUGCCAAAGUUUGUUUUUAACAGAAUUGUCCAUGAACUAAUCUGAUGCUCACUACAGCAUAGAGAGCUGCCUUUUCUUUUUCUUCCAACAGAGGGUGUUUCUGUGCUUUUGUAAUAUGACCAAUUUGGGGAAAAAAUGAUUUGAGAAGUUCUGUGCCCUCUUCCUUCAGUAACUUUGAAAACCGUUGAGACCAAUAAUAAUUCACUAUCUCCAUCAUUACUUUCUCAUACUCCCCGAGCACCAUAAUAUCCCCUAAUAGUAAUUUUAUUACUCUUAAGCUCACCUUCAUCACAGUCUUAAUACCUUUAAAGUGGGCUUUUGUAAUACAGUGUAGUAACAUCUCUUCUCCCCACCGUCCCCUGAAAGUUUAGCUCAUAUUUAAUUUAGAAGUCUUCAAUUAUUAACCAAGGAAUUUUCAAAUAGUACUUCAGUUGCUCUUUCUGGUGGUCAGUAAGAGAUCCAGAGGUGAGAAGGCUUUCUCAAAAGAUGGAGAUCAUUCUGUCACUGAGGUAAUCUGUCAAAAGGAAAAGACAUAUAGGCUUUGGGAUAGAGUGGAAUUAUGGAAGGAAGGAAGACCAUUAAACCCAGUUGCUCUGAUCAGGGCUUUCAACUCCAGGCAGCAAUCACUGUUGUAAAGAUCUAGGAUUAUGAAAUGGCUAACUCCUAGAUAUCCAGGUUAACUCCUAAGUUAAAAUAGUUUCCUUCAAAUAGCUGGCUUCUUUAGCACUUGGCACUUUCCAAAAGGUCAGCCCAAAUAAUUCUGUUUUAUAGUCUGUGAGUGUGUAUGUGUGCUUUUGUCAGGUUAUCUGCCUGCAGUACUGUAAAUAGCUCCCUGCUAAAACCCUACUCUGCCCUUACUCUUGACUGCACCCUAGGUUAAGCCCUUUGAAGUGCCAGUGUCUUUUUUGAAAAUUUUCCAGAUAGCUUUUUGUAGCUGUACCAAAGCCAGGAUGUUUUGGAUAGAUUUGUGGCAUUUUUAGUACCCAUGUUUGUGAAAUGUCUACCAAAUAGCUGUAAUUUUUUGGUUGCCUUAACUGGGAGAAAUAAGAAAUCCUGGUGGCUCACAUGCAAAUCAUGUCAAAUAUGCCGUGCAGUGAGCUUCACUCAUUUUUUGGUGUGUGUUUGUGGUUUGACCUUUGUGAAAUGCUUUUUGAAACUCAUGGUAACGUGGCUUCCAUCUUGGAAGAGUGCUGAAGAGGGGUAGCGGAGGGGAAAGGUUGCUUUUGGAAAGCAACCAUAACUAGGAAGGAGUAACUUUUAAUUGAACCCUAAAAAAGAAAACCAAGUUUUUUUUUUACUGUAAUAUCUCCUUAGUCCUUGAUUUUCAUUUAUCUAUUUUGUUAAUUAAAAAUAAAAAGUUACCCUGCUCAUUUAUUUCUUGGGGUUUGGAGACUCAUUACAACAGCUCUUUUGAUGCCAACUUGCCAAAAGUUCAAACUACUGCAACAGACCAGAAAUGACACACAAAAGUUUUCACUACAGUUCUGACAAAUGUGGUAGACGUUUUGUACAAAAAUCAUUAAUUGGUGACAUUAAAUGUUCUUUAAAAGAUGAAUGGAAAUGUAAAACUUUUUGUUAUCUUUUUUCUUCAAUAAUAAAUGUUCAAAGAAUGGUA